CAUGACGUCAUAUAUUGGAGGUAGGCCAUGUUUAUUUCAAGCGCAACAAAACGCAGAGGACACUUUAUCGAGUGAAAAAAACGAAUUUUCGGGGAAAUCUUUUUCCCAGCUCGCUUCUAGGGACAGAGCUGGACAUAUAAAAUCCUUGCUCCGUUAUGGGAGGUAUUCUUGGUACCCUGGGGACGCUGGCGAGCUGCGCAUCUUGCGCUUCUUGUCUUAGCUCCGCGGCUCCUGUUGCCGCCUGUUGUUGUGGCUCAUCUGCAUGCUUCUGUUGCUGUGCACGAUGCCCGUCAUGCAAGAAUUCCACGGCAUCACGGAUAGUCUACACUCUUCUGCUCUUCCUGGGCACUUUGGUAUCAGCUGUCAUGUUGGCACCUGGAAUACGUGCUAAGCUGGACGACAUACCUCACUUCUGCCAGGCUGUACCUCAUGAUGCCUGUGACAGCCUGGUCGGAUACCUGGCUGUGUACAGAGUGUGUUUUGGCAUGGCAGGGUUUUUCCUCUUGAUGGCCCUAAUGAUGUUCAAAGUUAGGUCCAGCCGAGACCCAAGAGCGAAGUUCCAAAAUGGGUUCUGGUUUGUUAAGAUAGCACUUCUCAUUGGUCUUGUUGUAGCUGCCUUCUUUAUCCCCAAGGGAGAUUUUGGAAAGGCAUGGAUGUACGUCGGCAUGAUUGGCGGGUAUCUGUUCAUCAUUCUUCAGCUGAUUUUGCUUAUCGACUUUGCCUACAGCUGGAGUGAGUCAUGGGUUGAGAAAUAUGAAACAACUGGUAACAAGAGAUGGUAUUGGGCCCUGGUGGUGGUAACAAGUGGAAUGUACCUCAUAUCCAUCGCUUCUGUUGUCUGUUUCUUCUACUUUUUCACCCAGCCUGAUGGAUGCAAGACCAACAAGUUCUACAUCAGUUUGAACCUCUGCCUUUGCAUCGUGGUCUCUGUUCUGGCAAUAAUACCUAAAGUCCAGGAAGUUCAGCCAAGUUCUGGUCUGUUGCAAGCUGCUGUCAUCACAUUGUACACCAUGUACCUGACAUGGUCUGCCAUGUCCAAUGAGCCUGAUGCUGUGUGUAAUCCGAGUGGCACUCUGCUUAAUGGAAGUAACACCAACCUCACUCCUACCAUGAGCGGUCACUCCAUCGUUGCUGCAGCUCUCAUGUUCGCCAUGGUUGUCUACUCUUGCCUUCGUACCAGCAGCACUUCACAGAUUGGUGGUGUGAGGCUGAGCAACCACUCCAUGGAGGAGACGUUACUGCCUGAUUACUCUAAUGAUGCUGAAGCCGCAAAAGAUGACGAUGAAGAUAAACCGAAACAUCAGAAAGUGUAUGAUGACGAGUCCACCAGCGUCUCAUAUAACUACUCUUUCUUCCAUUUCACCUUCUUUCUGGCUUCCCUGUACAUCAUGAUGACACUGACUAACUGGUACAGCCCCCAAGGCUCUGACUUCAGUAAGCUGACCAGCAACUGGGCCACUGUGUGGGUCAAGAUCAGCACAAGUUGGGUCUGCCUGGCCCUCUAUGCCUGGACACUCUUGGCACCAGUACUAAUGCCAGACAGGGACUUCGGAGGACAGUAAAUACCCCCACCCCCCCCCCCCCUGUUCGACUCAACUGUUCUCUAUUUCUAGACACUGAUGGUACCUGCCCUGAUGGUUAUCGGGGUCUUCAGUGGACUAAAUUUAUCCUGUUUUACACAACUUGCUUCUAUUAGGACACCAAGUAAAUAAGUGCUGUAAUCUAUGUAAUACCGCUCCAUGGCAUGUGUUUCAUGGUGUUGUUUUCAAUUGAUUUUGAUAGUCUCCCUCUUUGAAGUGCAAGUCUGGUCUUGUAAAUAACUGUAUGUUAUCACCCAUAACAGAAGAAUAGGGAAGUGUAAAAGAGUAACUCUAUACAUGAUUCGAUAAGAGUUGAUAAAGCCUGGGUUGGAAUAGUCUUCCUUCACUUAUGAAAUCUUGCACUACGCUUUCGUCUUUCAGGUAUCAGCUGACAACUCAUUAUUUAGAGAAACUUGCCUUUUACCAACCUCCAUAAUUUCAUAGAUCUUAAAUUUAUGUAAUUCAAUUUUUAUUUUCGUUUUAGAAUUCUUAUUGUUUGUAAUUUGUUGGGAAAGAAUUUCAAUUGGGGCUUACGCCCUGUUUUCUUCUCCCGUCACAUUGUUUCUUAUUUUCUUUAUUUUUGUUUAUUUCCUAUUGUUAACCGUAGUAUUUUUUUUUUUGUGUGACAAAGCCAAUAAACUAAACUAAAACUUACAAGGGCGAAGGGCUCGAGGGACGAAACCAGGGAGACGAGGCGUGUGUUACUCUUGUAUUACCUAUCCCCUGGGCGCUUGCUGCCAAACAAUUUUUUUCUGAUAGAGGUGGCUUAAUAUAAAUAUAAUUAUAGUCUCCUGAUAAUAAUUGCUUAUUGUGGUACGCUAAUUUAAAAAUCGCGAAAAUGCAAAUUUGCGGAAGCAACUGGAAAAUGGUGGCCUGGUAUGGGUUUAUCCCUGCAACCAGUUUCAAUUUUACAUUUCACAAAGUAAUGUCAUAUUUCAUAGUUAAUAGUGCGUCGAUGUAACAUGAAUGCUAGGAACUGUUGUUUUAGAAGAUAGACACUCAAGGUAAGAUAAGGUAGCUGUGAGAACACGAUAAUGUAACACCUUAAUUUGUACAUAGCAAAAAAAAGUAAAUGAAAACUUCUAA